CUGCGCUCGUCAAAGUAGCUGUCGUGGUUGCCGGCCACUACGACGAUAUGUCGGAACCCGUCGCUCGAGCCGUACCAUGGCUUCUGGAGCGUCUUGAGCCAGUCGAUCGAUUGUUGGAUCGAUGUCAGUGUGCCUGCGUUGGUGAGGUCGCCAGAGUGGAUGAGUAGGUCGCCUUUUGGAAUCGAAGUGGGUGGGAUCUUGGAGUGCGUGUCAGAGAGGCACACGACGCGGAUGGGCACUUUGUUCUUCGGUGGUACGUAUGGUCGUCCACGCAGCCAGAGGAUCAAAUGGUGUAAAAGUGCGAUGAGGGUGGUGAGAGGGUGGUAGAUUAGCUGGUAUAUAAGGGAUGGAGGGGCGAAUGGGGACUUUGGCGGGGAUAUGAAGCCCAUUUUCGGGAACCUAAUGCUGAAAUACAGCACAGGCCUGGUCCCGAGCUGGGAUUCGUUUCCUUUCUGUGGUAUAUACUGUAUAGCUGGUAUUAUGUUGUAGGAUUUUUCUGUUCCUUCUCUUUCAAUGGUGGCCGGUGUCACCGAACUGGGAGAAUCUGCCGAAAAGAUUGUGUGGGGUUCAUGAUCGCGAGAUUCGACGUUGAGGACUUUUCAGGGGCUGUGGAAGUGUCCGACACGGAGCUCGAGCAUGGUCUGAGAUGAUGGCAGACAGCAGGCUGUAGAGAGUCAAUUGACAGCUCCGAAUUGCGAUGGAUGGGGAAGACGUGGCGCCAGCUUUAGGCUUGUUAAAUAAGGCUGUGUGCCCGCGAGUUGCGCAGGUGGCGCCGCAGUGGCAGCGGGGGCCAAAUUGCAGCGCAGGCACCGGGAGUGAAAUUGUAUACAACUACCACGACCAGGUACUCGUCACGGAACAGAAAACAGGAUUGAACUGCGCCGGUAUACAACCAGAGGAGUACUAUGUACCUGGCUUUCCUGUACAAUGAUGUGUCUAUGCAUCGCACUGCUUCUCUGAUCGCAUUAGUCUCAUCGCUGUCCAUGUUCGUAGCAAUAAAUAAGGGAAUACAUACACCGUCUAUCGUCACUAUCAUCACUGCCAUGGCUGCUGGUACUGACCCAUCAUAAUAAAGCCCAUAAUCCCAUAAUCCAACGCAAGGACCAUCCGACUGCUCUCCCGCCCACCGUCAUCAAUCGAUCCGAUCGUUGAGUUCUAUCACAUCUGCUCAUUCUGCGAGACUACCUGGUACUAGUAGGAGGACAUACAAGCCACGGAGGCCCUUCACUCGUCGACUCUCGCUUUAUCACCGCCGGGCGCUGGGUCCCUUUCACAGGAAAAUCGCUGUCACUGGCACCCGCAGUUGAUAUCACCGUCAACUUGAACCGCCAACCAGUUGCUGUUACGACUACAACUGUACCUACUGACCGGCCCACGCGAAUCCAUCCACUGCCAGUGCGCUCUGCCGUCUCUUCCUCUGCUUCGACAGCAUUUUCUCCGGUCUUCACAUUCCCGUUUCGAUUUCGUUUCCAUUUCACUUCCAAGUACAUACCUCGCAAACCAUCAGUCGAACAGCGGGCACAGAGAACCGUCCGUUUGAACUUCUUUUUUCCUCGGCCAACCUUAUCCGUCCGAUCGUGUCGAAUCUCGAUGCCCUCGAUCUAACCGCCGCCGCCCGUAGUUGGGUGCCUUGCUUCCUGGACGAAUCGCAUCAUUGAUCUCGCUGCACGCAGCACACAAUUGUUCCACUCUGUCUAGUCGCCCAACACCGCCAGCCGCCAGCCGCCUGAGCGCAAUCAAUCUGUUCGUCCCGCAAGAGAGUGCAGUGUCAGAUAAGAGAUAGCAGUUGAUACACUUUGAUGUUGGGACAGGCCCAAAUAAUAACUGAAGGCGGUUCUAAACAACUUGACACAGUUUGCCCUGGUAGCGUCCCAUAGUGGUCCGGUAUCCGAAGCCACACUGUGAGCCAGGUCCUCAGCCAGAUCCACAAAGCGCACUCCAACUACGGCGCCAGUUCCAGCUUCUUCAGUGACAGCGUCUAACGCAAGCAGAACCCAGACCAGACCAGAAUCGGCCAGCUGCGGUCUGACUGCCCGCCCGAAGCCCACUGCAUCCCUCAUCCCAUUCCAACACGUCAACUCCCCAACAACCUUCACAAUUCCUCCCCGAUCGGAAACUGGCCCUGCAAAGGGACCAGUUGCAGUCCACCCUAACAGAUUGCUGGCCGCCAACGCCGCCGCCUUUGCCAUGAUGAACGGCACCGACCUCAAAAAGGCCGCCAUCAACCAGGCCAAGAAGGUCGCGACCACGGCCGCCCUCGCAGCAAACAGCAACGGACAAAAGAAACGGCGGAAAGGCGACAACCUCAAGCCCAUCAUUACGACCGAGAACAACGCGUCUUCCAGUCUACAAGAAAGCCCCACGCAAGCCGAACCAGAAAGCACGGAUUCCCCUCUUCCGCACGGCAAAGUGCCAUCCCAGAGUAACUCACAAUUUGAUUCUAGAUCCUUGUCAUCCUCCUCCUCAGAAGAAGACCCCGCCGAGACCACGGCCGAUGAAGAAGAUUCGGAAGACUACUGCAAGGGCGGAUAUCAUCCCGUCCACGUUGGCGAAACAUACAAUAACGGCAGAUACGUCGUCGUGCGGAAGCUAGGAUGGGGCCAUUUUUCCACGGUGUGGUUGUCGAGAGAUACCACCACGGGCAAACACGUGGCUCUCAAGGUCGUCCGGUCGGCGGCGCAUUACACAGAGACGGCGAUUGACGAGAUUAAACUACUAAACCGAGUCAACCAAGCCAACCCUAAUCAUCCUGGCCGCCGCUACGUGGUCAGUCUUCUCGACUCCUUUGAGCACAAAGGUCCCAAUGGCGUCCACGUAUGUAUGGUCUUUGAAGUCUUGGGCGAGAACCUGUUGGGGUUGAUCAAAAGAUGGAAUCAUCGAGGGAUCCCGAUGCCUCUGGUCAAACAAAUCACCAAGCAAGUGCUUCUCGGCUUGGAUUACUUGCACCGCGAAUGCGGCAUCAUUCAUACCGAUCUCAAACCGGAAAAUGUCCUAAUUGAAAUUGGCGAUGUCGAACAGAUUGUCAAGGCAUUUGUCAAGGAUGAGAAAGAAUCGACCAAGGACGACAACCGAAACGGUCGCCGGCGGAGACGGACUCUGAUUACCGGCAGCCAGCCGUUACCCAGUCCUCUUAAUGCCAGCUUUACCAAUUUGGACAAGGUUGGCAACCACCAACCCAGUAGUUUGAACCAGAUGAUCAGUGACUCGACAGAGAACAAAUCACCCGAAGGACUGUCGAUGAUCGAGCAGCUGAAAUUAAAAUCAAAGGAAAGCCAACAGAGCGAGGAACUGGACAAAACGAGAGAAGGCACAACCGACCCAAUCGAGAAGGAUUUGGCCGGAGUGACGCUCGACAGCAAGAAAAACAGUGACGUAGAGAAGGUGCUGAAAGCUGCACGAGGUGAAGAAGAGCCUCUGGGUGAGAUCAUCUCGGUCAAGAUUGCAGACUUGGGAAAUGCGUGCUGGGUGGGGCAUCAUUUCACAAACGACAUCCAGACCCGGCAGUAUCGGUCUCCGGAAGUGAUUCUGGGUGCAAAGUGGGGAGCCAGUACGGACGUCUGGAGUAUGGCAUGCAUGGUGUUUGAGCUCAUUACUGGCGAUUACCUGUUUGAUCCACAGUCGGGUACCAAGUACGGCAAAGACGACGACCACAUUGCGCAAAUUAUCGAGCUACUAGGACCAUUUCCCAAGUCGUUAUGUCUCUCCGGCAAGUGGUCGCAGGAGAUCUUCAACCGGAAAGGCGAAUUGAGGAAUAUUCAUCGUCUGCGACACUGGGCUCUUCCGGAUGUUCUGAGGGAAAAAUACCAUUUCUCCGUCGAGGAAGCGAGGAAAAUUAGUGACUUCCUGCUACCCAUGCUGGAGCUGCCGCCCGAAGCGCGUGCCAAUGCAGGGGGGAUGUCCAAUGCCGAUUUCUUAAAGGGCACAAAGGGGAUGGAUCAUGUCAAGGUCGAUGUUCCUGUGGGCAGCAAGGGUGAAGGAAUUGAAGGCUGGGCUUCGGAAGUAAAGAAGCGGUGAUCUUGUUCUGUCUCUGUUUGUUCGAACAACAAAGUUGAUUAGGACACUGGCAGGACAGGAGACUCGAAGUGCUUGCUAGACUGACUUCGGGCGCGCUCACCCUUCUUUCCAACGCAAUAAAGCCGUUUUAUGAUUUUUGAAAAUACCACACCACGCCUUCUUUCUUUUUGGAGUGGAGUGGGAGCUUCAAUUUUUCGUCUGAACUGAGACCAGGAACGAGAACAGGAACGAGAACCAGAACGAUGGAUCGGAUUGGGCAGAUACAGUUGUCUCGUACUGAAUAUAUGACCUUGAUCGAACUGAUUGGGGAGACAUGUCAUGGCUGCAGUGCUUGGGAAGCUUUGGACUGAUGUGAUACUGACUGACGGGCAGGACAGAACAGAACAAUUACGGGACAUUCUUUUCUUCUUUCUUUUUUUUUUUGAUAGAGACUCGUUGCGACUACCUACCGCGGGACUCGACUCGACUCGAAGAGGAUUCAAAUGCCAGUGUGUGAAUGAGGGAGAAGCGUGGUUGAAUCUGAAUCUGAACAUAACGAUCACGAUCGUCAAUGGCAAUGGCGUUCAACGGUGUCAAAUGGAACGGAGCAAACUUGAAGUAAUGGCUCCAUGGUCGUUCAGUUGAAGAAUGUAGAUGCAGUAAAGCUCACAGUCAAGCAGAUGGGAGACAGAGACGACUUUGACCCAUGCAGUGGAUGGUUCGUUAUUGUUGGUAUAUAUAUAUAUACAGGUACUAUUUGAACUGGUACAUGAACACAUAUAGAAUUUUGUCGAUAGCCGUGGUUUUCAGGUGUCUGGGAAGGUAUGUAAAUAUGGGCUUCUUCCUCGUUGAUACAAUACUGUACCUCUUGCGGACGAG